UGUGGAGCUGGAGGUCUAGUGUGGAGGCUGGGUCUAGUGUGGAGCUGGAGGCUGGGUCUAUGUGAGGCUGGGUCUAGUGUGGAGGCUGGGUCUAGUGUGGAGGCUGGGUCUAGUGUGGAGGCUGGGAGGCUGGGUCUAGUGUGGAGGCUGGGUGUCUAGUGUGGAGGCUGGAGGGUCUAUGUGAGUGGGUCUAGUGUGAGGCUGGGUCUAGUGUGGAGGCUGGGAGGCUGGGUCUAGUGUGGAGGCUGGGUCUUGGUGGGUCUAGUGUGGAGCGGGCAUUGGAGGUGGGAGGCUGGGUCUAGUGUGGAGGCUGGGUCUUGAGGUGUGGAGCUGGGCUAGGGGAGCUGCGGUCUAGUGUGGAGGCUUUUGGAGCUGGGUCUAGUGUGGAGGCUGGGUCUAGGUGAGGCUGGGUCUAGUGGUGGAGGCUGGGUCUAGUGUGGAGGCUGGGUCUAGUGUGGAGGCUGGGUCUAGUGUGGAGGCUGGGUCUAGUGUGGAGGCUGGGUCUAGUGUGGAGGCUGGGUCUAGUGUGGAGGCUGGGGUCUAGUGUGGAGGCUGGGUCUAGUGUGGAGGUCUGGAUGGAGGUGGGUCUAGUGUGGAGGCUGGGUCUAGCUGGGGCUGGCGUUAGUGGGAGGCUGGAGGUGUCUAUGGUGGAGGUGGGUCUUGUGGAGGCUGGGUCUAGGUGGUGGAGGCUGGAGGCGCAUGUGGAGCUGGGUCUAGUGUGGAGGCUGGGUCUAGUGUGGAGGCUGGGUCUAGGUGAGGCUGGGUCUAGUGUGGAGGGGGUCUGGUUAGUGGGAGGCUGGGUCUAGUGGGAGGUGGGAGGCUGGGGGUCUAGUGUGGAGUGGAGCUGGGUCUAGUGUGGAGGCUGGGUCUAGUUGGAGGUGGGCUGGGCUAGGUGGAGGCUGGGAUGGAGGCUGGGUCUGUGUGGAGGCUGGGUCUAGUGUUGGAGGCUGGUCUAGGUGGAGGCUGGGUUAGUUGCUAGUGGUGUCAGCUGGUGGUCUAGGCUGGAGGCGGUCUAGUGUGGAGGCUGGGUCUAGUGUGGAGGCUGGGAGGCUGGGUCUAGUGUGGAGGCUGGGUCUAGUGUGGAGGCUGGGUCUAGCGUGGAGGCUGGGUCUAGUGUGGAGGCUGGGUCUAGUGUGGAGGCUGGGUCUAGUGUGGAGGCUGGGUCUAGUGUGGAGGCUGGGAGGCUGGGUCUAGUGGAGGCUGGGUCUAGUGUGGAGCGUCUA